UAUGGUGGCACUACAUGACCCAUGAUGCAUCGCUGCUGUCAGCAACGCGGAAAUUAGACAAAAAGCGGCACGUCACAUUUGUCAUACGGCAUUAUUUCACUACCGCCUUUAAUAACAAGUCAUGGCAGGAAAGACUAAAUUUCUUAGCGAGUCAGUCGUUAUUCGAAGCCUCAGACGCUUUCGUGACUUUUAUUUUCCUUCCGGUGUGAAAGAAGAUCUUUUGGACAGCCGAGAGGAAGGACCGGACUUCCUCGACUGUUUACCGGUGGACGUGCAGUUCCACAUCAUGACCUUCUUGUCACCUGUGGACAUCUGUCGCCUGGGAGCAACCAACCACUACUGGAGGGCCUUGGUUCGAGAUCCACUGCUGUGGAGGUUUUUACUCUUCAGGGACAUGCACUACUGGUCCUCCAUCGAUCAUUUAACCAUGCCCCGACUUGAGGUGCUGGACGCCCCGCUCGUAUCCGAUGAUGCAGAGGAGUCAUUGGAAUCAAAUAUUGACUUCAUGGCAGAAUAUCUGAAAGGCUGCCCCUCAUGCAGACAGAAAUGGCUUCCUUCACGACCACCUUACGAAGUAUUGACGUCCUUCCUGCAGUCUCUGGUGCCUUCAGCAGAACCCCGCUACGCCAUGUUUGGUCCUGGCAUGGAGCAGCUGGAUAUCUCUCUGGUCACAAGGCUCAUGCACGCCCCUGAUGUUCUACCUGUGUCGGGCAUCCCAAACCGACAGAUCAAUGGGAUCGGCUCAGGGAUCAGUUAUCUGUUCAACAACCAGCACAAGUUCAACAUCCUGACGCUUUACUCGUCAAACAAAGCUGAGAGGGAACGAGCCAGAGUGCAGAAGCAGUAUAUGAGCAGCAAACUCUUCACCUUAGGAAGUGAUGAGUCGGGUCAGCCAGUCUACAGACCGGCCCCUCAGGUGCAGCAGGUGUGCCAGGUAGUAGAUGGGGUCAUUUAUGUGACCAAUGCUGAGCCAGGAAGAGGUGAAGGAGAAUCUGAAGUAGCUCAGAUCCGGGCCGUGCUGAGCUCCACAUCCAAACCCCUGCUGGUGCUCUCGUGCAUCUCCAGAGAGGAAAGUGAAAUAGUCGGCGUGCAAACUGUUGUUGACAGGAACAGGACCUCAUGUGUUGAUAUGGCAAAAAGACUUGGACUUCCCCAGCUGCCUAAUCCCUGGAUGGUGCAGGAUACAGUUGCUGAAUCUUUGUCGGGUAUUCUGGACGGCAUUUCUUGGCUGCUGAGAUGCUCUGGAGUCAAAGUUUAUGGUAAGUAUUGAACUGAAGACUUUAAGCAUGAGGGAACAAAGUUUAAUAAGGGGUUUAUAGCAGUGACUGUAGCCAAAUAGGGACCUCAGGACCUGGGUUAUGCAUUAUGGUGACAUUAUUGUCCACUUGAUAAGGCAUUGCUAUCAAUGGCCAGACUGGUCAAAGGCAAUGAUAGAAGAUUAGAAGUAUAGAUGUUAAGUUAAAUUAAAAGCUGCAAGUUCAAUUAAAAGCUGCACAGUUUAGUAUUUUCAGUGCAGUGCAUACAUAUGCUGCAUGAUGUAGUGUAACAUGUUUUGGUAAUGGGGCAAUAACUAAUUUAUUUUAUUAAUUACGUUAAAAUUUUUAGCGUAAUUAGCACAUGCCUGUCAAGCAACCCCUCUCUGUUAUGAUGACAGACGGGGGUCACAGCUGGUCAUAAUCUUAAGACCAGUUGAAAAAUUGCUAGAAUUUGCAUUUUGUACAUUUGGAUCUUAAGGAGUUUUUAAGGAGAGCUACAGUAUGCAAAAGCAAGAAGGGGAGUGAGACAAAAAGCACAAGACAAAAAAAGUAAUUUAUUUCAUGACUCUUUUUAAUCAUUUAAUGAUGUUUACAUUAAUUUAAUGGCAGUUUGUUUGGAGAUGUCAUCCCUGCAAUUGCAGAAAACUUGGUGAUGCUGUCUAGUUUACAAAGUGAAUCAUUUGAGUCCAUCCAGGCGAGAGAGGUUCUAACAACACGUAUGACUUUACUGUUUUUGUAAUUAUUCUGUACAUGCACCAUGUCACACAUGUUUGUACCGUGCUGUGAUUAUGUGCUUAUGCUACGUAAGCGAGCCCUCUCUCCAUCCACAGUUCACAUUCAUUUUACCACUAUGCCUGUCCUGUUAAUGUGCCUCAUUGAUGCUCUUUUGUUCUCGUUACCUGGGUAACCGCAAAUACUCUAAAGUACCAUCCUGUUCAUAAAAAUGUUCCCCAGCCCAGGUUUGGAAUAUAUAACGGUGAUUGAUGUAAUUUAGGUGCAUUAAGGCUGGCUGGCUUGAGUUUUGUUUUUAGAUGAAUUUUAAAGGGAUGGAGACGGCGACCCUUGCGUGGUGUGUGCGUGUGUGUAAACAAUGAAAUGGGACUACCUGUUACUAAAGUGUGCAUGUGGAGAAAUAACGCUUCUUGUUGCUUUAUUCCACUGUGAGGCUGGUGGGGUACAGUGGAACGCCCCAAAAGUCCCUUUCUUUUUUUAUAAUAUGCCUCAAAAGUCAAAUCAAACUAUCAUUGCCAUGCAUGAAAGUUAGCAAAUCUCAUGAGACCAUUCUAAAGCAUUACUUGUCAAAAUGCUUUUUGUUUUGUUUGAAGGGCACCAGUGAUGGCAAAGAGCAAACGUGUGAUUACCGCAUAAAUCAGAAAUUGAAUUUGUCUUAUCGUCAUCUUUAUACUUGUAUUUAGGUAAAAAUUGUUCAAAUGUUGUUUAAAACUUGGACAUUUUUGUUUUUUGGGACGCAAACCACAAAGGGGCACGAGUGACGGCAAAGAGGAAAAGUAUGAUGAUAACCAUAGAACCAGAAAUGGAAUUUACUGUGACAUAUGAAAGGGUCUGGAAGCUCAAUACAGAUAAUAAAUAGCACAAAUUAACUUUACCAAACUGAUGCUAUAGCGUAAAUAGCAGGUGACUAAAGAGGGUCAAUCAUUUUUUUUUAUUUUAGUUGCAUUAUACAGUUGUUUACCUGGCUUUAUGCAUGGAUGACCAGUGGCGACGCUGUAUUUUUACUUGAAUUUGGUUGUAUUUAGUUGCACUAUACAUUAGUUAACUUAAUUUUGCCUGACCCUGUACUUGUAUGACAGUUAAAUGUUGGUUAAAAAUGUGCCUGUAAAUUUGUAUGAUGGUGACGGUUUAAACCUGGAACAGAUGAAUUC